UCGUACGAGCACCUGCAGCCUACAUAAAUACCUCUUGUCACGUUAUACUUCAAACACUCAAACAAUUCUCUGAACUCUGGUCGCAGAGUGCCUGCUCGAAACUGACAACAUGAAAUCUCUCGGGACGGCGAUUUGCAUUUUGGUUUUCAUUGUUGUUGUACGAUCCGAGUAUACAUCUCUACAAUGGAGCGAUUGUGGCUCUGACCCUUCUAUUACCAUACAUAACCUUGCCGUCACGCCCAUGCCAGUCACGGUUCCCGGCAACAUGAAUUUCACGCUGCGAGCCACGUCUACUCGGUCGCACCUCAACAGGAUGAUACUGAAACUGUCGUCAAAGAGGAAGGGGGCUUGGUUCGACAUCCCAGUGCCAUGCCUGUUCCACGUAGGGUCUUGCACCUACGACGACACGUGUACAUUGCUGGCGACCAUGCAGCGCGACAACUGGGCUGGCGUCAUGAGGAGCGUAGGGGGGCAGAUACAGAGGAUGCUUUCAUCAGUCGGCGUCAAUGACUACUGCCCGUUGCCGAUACAGAGCCUCAACAUAGAGAACUACGUCCUGACGAUGCCCCCAAUACCGUCUUUUCUCACAUUCCUUGCUGAGGGGGACUACGAGACCCGACUUCGUGCCUUGGACUACGCUACCAAUGACGUCCUCAUCUGUGUCGACAUGAAGAUGACGAUGAAAGAACACACCGAGAGAUGCACCGACUGGUUUUGUAGGAUGCGACAGGCCUUGAGGCCAUGAACUAAAUCCCUUUAACAUAUAGUCACCCAUGUGCAUGCAAUAAUUCUGGUAUCGAGGCAUGAGAGUUAACUGACUAUAAAAGUUUCCACUCCUGUCGAACUAGGCUGUGAUUUCUAAGUUCGAUCUUAGCGCCACCAGUGACUUUUACGAGUUAAGCCCCUUCCAUAUCCCUCCACCUGACCAAUAAGGUCGCCCCUCUCGUAUCAUUUGCACUUGCUUCAAACAAAAUGGCGGCACCCUGUCAAGACGAUCUGAUCGAUAAUCAUGAUCUAUAUUGUAAAAAACAGGUCUUACCCCGCGAAGUGCAUCCAAUCACUUGAGCACCUUGAGUAAAAUAUGAACAGAUUUGCAAAAUAUCUGUCGAUGCCCAGCUGGCGGUACACAUGCUCUGCAAAUCCUGCAGUCGACCGAAAUCUGCACGUUGAAAUCCAUGUUGUUUGCGAGCCAGAUGUCCAGUUCGUCACGCGAUUUUGAUUGAACUUUGCAUAGACUCGUUAGUCCAGCCAACUCCGGAAUUCCAGCCUAGUUCCGCAAGGGUGGAAACGUGACUUUUAUAGUCAGUUAACGCCCCAACCCCGGGAAAAUGUACUUCUGCUGAGUUACAUGAAUGAAAUGUACCGAACACUUUUUAACAAAACCUUUACGGUUUACGCCCAAGUCAAAACCAUAGCCUCGAGUUAACUAAACAAAAGUUGACAAUGGUAGCAGAUAUCGGUGUAUGGUGAUAUACUAUCAUUCAGGAUUUUUUUUCCAUGGUGACACGUUCAAACACAAUACAUUCUCAGCUGCUAGAGUCACUACCAGAUCCGCAGUACUGUCAAACAAUCGGCGUUUUCUUGGUUCUGUCGCGCACUCAUCCUGACUAACCACAGUUCCCAAUGUGCAAGCGUGGAUCUUUUAACUUUAAAUGAACCGGAUGAAUGUUGUCAUCAGUUGAACCUUUUACACAACUACCAUUCUUUCAUAAACUUUAUUUUUACAAUCAUUACUCAUGGUUACGAACAUAGAAUAGCAGUUGCAAUAUAUACAUUUUCCGUGUACAAAACUAUUUCAACAUCUGUUUUGAAGAAUCUCUUAUUAUUUAUUUUAACAUUUGAUGCAGUCAAUAUCUAGAGUGCGUCAGGAUGUAUGCACUCAUUCUUUGCAUAGAAGUCAAUUUUCAAUUUAAUUAUUGUAAAUAUUUUUUUCAUUGUGCCAUUUCAAAAAAAAUAAACUCAUUCCAACUGUUAAUUGUGUGACCUUUACUUGUCUACAUGGACACCAACAGCAAACAUGUCUAUGCUCCACUUCACCACCCAGUGACUGAAAAUGAUACAUGUAGGAUUAAAGGGAAAAUGUGUAUUGCAAAAA